AUGGGAGAAAGGCAUCUUGGACUUCGUGGAGACUCAAACAAGCAGACAUGGGAAGAAGCAGACUUUCCAAUCGUAUGCACAGCUUGCUUAGGACAAAACAAAUACAUAAGAAUGAUGAAAACCCACUUUGACCGCGCUUGCAGGGUAUGUGAAAGACCAUACACUGUAUUCAGAUGAAGACCAACAGCUCGUGAACGAUUCAGAAGGACCGAAAUCUGCCAAGUCUGUGCAAGAAGCAAGCACGUUUGCCAAUGCUGUGUAAAUGAUAUUGAAACUGGAGUUCCAGUUCAUGAAAGAGAUAAGCACAUUGAUCUCGAUAACAAAUUUGAAGCACCCAAAGACAUUGUAAAUCGAGAUUUCUGGGCACAAAUGAAAGCCAUGGAAGUUUCCAAAGAAAUCGAAAAAGAAAAAAAAAUAUCUGAAGACCAAGAAAAAGCCCAAAAAAAUGUAAAAUCAUUAGAAGACAAUAAAUAA